GAUCAUCAAUCAAAGAUCAAUCAAAUGAACAGAAAUGGAAAAUGUUUAAGUUUGCCGUAAACAGUUUUCGAAGAUUCAAAAUUAUUUGUAUUAUCUGAGUCUGUUUUUAUUUUUAUGGUAUAGGGCAUUUGGAAAUGAGUUCCUCCUUUUCCGAGGAGGCUGGUUAUUCAGCACUGGAGCCCGAUGAAACCGUUCUCUCCGACGUGCAUGUGUUGGCUGACGAGACCAAGAAGACGUUUGAUGGAGCGGUGAUAUCACGCUUUGUUUUCACGAAACCCGUCGCCAGUUUCGAACACGGUUCCCCUCCAGCAGUCGACGUCUCCACACCCGAUGAUGAUGAGGAUCUGGAUGUUGAACGGCAUCGCGGCACCGCCAACUACGAAGUUAUUCGAAUGGAGCAUAGAAUGGCAGCGAUAUUGAAUCACGUCGGCGCUCAGAUAUGGAAAGGCGCGUUGUUUUUAUCAGAUUUUCUCAUAGCUCAUCCCGAAUAUAUUCGCGAUAGCGUCGUUUUGGAAUUAGGAGCCGGUGUUGGUUUCGCCAGUGUUGUCAGUGCUUACAUUGGCAGUCGGACUGUUUUCUGCACAGAUGCCCUUUUGGACGCAUUACAACUUUGUCAGCGCAAUAUCGCCAGGAAUUCCGCGUUGUUUCCCACCAGCGAUCACGUUAGAAUCCGACGUUUGGAUUGGUUAAAACCGUUUGAAUUCAAGGUAGACAAGGAUGACGAUUUUGGAUGGCACGAUGAAGAUUUAAAGCUGCUGCGAGGCGGAUUUGCUGUGAUUGCUGCCGAUGUGAUUUAUUCCGAUGAACUAACGGAUGCCUUUUUCGCGACGAUUCUCAAUUUAUGUACGAAAUUUAAUCAACCGUUUGACGUCUGGCUAUCCAUUGAAAAACGGUUGAAUUUUACACUGGAUGAUUUGGCAGUGUGCUCGCCACCGUACCGGCAUUUCCAGGAUUGUCUGCGGAAGCACGCGACAUCGUCCAUUCCGCAGAUCCCUUUUAUUACCGCCAAACAGAUCGGGGAGAGCUUUAUACAGGCGUUCGAUUACGAAAGAACCCCGGAAUUGGUUGGAGCUGUGGAAACUUCGUGUUGACUGCUUCCGGACUUCACAGACAUCUGAGCGUUUCUCGUAAUUCGGUGGAAAUAACAGAAUUCAUACAUUUGAAUAAUUUGAUGAACUGUGAUAAAAAAGCAGGAAAAGCGGGACGUUUGUAUUGGAGAAUCGUUUUGUGAUGUAGUGACGUUUUAUACCGAAAUGUCCUGUAACUUCAUGUAUGUUCCGCUGUCGGCUGUGUAAUCAGUAGUCUUUUACUUUUCUGGAAGACUUGUGACUGUUUUAUACUCGCACUCUGAAAUAAUACGUAUACCGUACUGUGCGGACUCUACAACACUGUAACAUCAUUUUUUUGGAGCUCCAACAGAAUAUUGCCGGUCAUGCGGCGAGAU